AUGCGUAGCAACCAGGUGCUAGGGGACCUUCGGGCUGCUGCUGACGACGAUUUCUCGAAUGAAGUUCUUCAGACAAAGUUGCCAGAGACUCCUGCAUCUCUGCAUCCAGCGGAUUUAACCGAUGCUGCGCCUCUCUUGUGCCUUGAAUUGAAGGCCUUGCAGUGUGUCCGUAGCCUUUCUGACUCACCGGACAAUUUUAGACCCAGUACCAGCGAGGUUCGUGCGUUCAACCAUCAACAAACCGGGCAAAGCUGGAUUGUAGACCCAGCUGAGGGAGAGGCACGACGAAACUCCAAACGCUUUCACACCUCGGCGGUGGACGAAUUGGACGACUUGGAAGUCCAAGGUUUUGGUUCCGAUCGUGAGGAAGGCUCCGAUGAGGAAAAGCAGGUGGAAGAGUACAAGGUCACUGUGACUCUGGCCGACGGCAAAGACUCCUCAGACUCCAGCGAUGGUGCGACCAAGCUCCCGCUGACCAUGGCCAAGUUGGAGACCUUGACCGAUAGGCGAUCCGAUGGCGAAGACUCGUCCGAACUGCCUCAAUUGGUGCGGUCUCAAAGUGUGCAGAGCUUGACCAGCAAUCUCUAUGCCUUGGCAGAGGAGCUGCAUGCCAGAAAGGCAGAGGUGGUCAGCAGUCCCUGCAGAAUUUUCACUGACCAGGAUCUCAAAAAGGAUACCAGUGGAGAAUUUGCUUCGCUGGUCCAGAGUGUCCUGAACAUGGAUCUUGAGCGUGUACAAGAACUUUCAGACACAGGUGUGUCUGUGAACAUGGCUCUACGGGAGGAAGGCAAAGGUACCGUACACUUCUCCACCUUGCUCCAUACAGUCUGUGACCUGCCCCGACACCCUGAUGAAGAAGCCCGGAGCCGGUGCGUGCGAAUCAUUGAGAUUCUGAUUUCGGCGAAGGCCAAUAUCAACCCUCGCAACUCCAAAGGUUCAACGCCUCUCAUGUGCGCAUGUCGUCAGAAGAACAUUGAGGUGGUGAAGCUGUUGAUUAGCCACAGUGCACGUGUCCACCCCUGCGACGAGCGUGGUCACAGUUGCUUGAACUGGGCUGCUGCUUUGCGUGAAGAGGAGCUCCCGCUACAAAGUAGCAGCCCUCGAGAGCUGCAGCCAGAUGAUGAAGAGCGGAGUUCAUAUUUGGUUGAGCUUCUUAUGGUGGCAACUGUUCAAGAGCAAAAAGAGAGAACCAGAAAGGAAAAAGCUGCAGCGGUAUCACAUCCAACGAAGCGGAGAACGAGCCUUGCCCUUGGAGAGAUGAAGGAGGCCAGCCAACAGGAGCAGCUGGUGGCGUACAGCGAAGCUUUGAAGAUUAUUGAGCCAAAGUCCUUUCCACCUUUGCGAAUGGCCGUCAUGCAGCAAAAUGUUUCUGCUGCUUUGGUGAUGAUGGCUUGUGGUGCUGCCCCGAUAUGGCUUCACGAUGCCGUUCGGGUGGGAUCGUUGGAUCUGGUCCGUGCACUGCUUCAUUUCGAUGCUGAUCCAGCAAAGCAGGACACCAGCGGUGCAAGUUCCAUCGACACUGCUGUUCAGCUUGGUAGCCCUAUGGAAAUCGUCGAGAUGCUCAGGCAAAAUGUGCACAAGACUCGUAGAGUAUCUGAAAGCAACAUUAUUCCUAGAAGAAUAAGUGUAGCAUCUGCGAUUUCCAUCAGGUCUCUGUUCAAAGAGCCACGAUCGCCCAGCAGUCGAGAGGCGUUCCUUGCACGAGAGCAGUCAGUGAACGGAGUGUUGUGCAAAGUGGAACAGAACGGAAAACGUGCUUUGGGACACAAAACUGAGAAAAAGUAUGAAAAAGGCAUCCUUAUUGCCUUCAAGUGUGCUACCUUCGUGGUUUUGUUCAUGGCUCUGUAUCUGCCAGACAUCUACGUGAUCACAGAUUCCGACUACUUGAGCUUAGAUGUCCUCCUCACGCUCAUUUUCAUAUUCUUCUCAACAGACUGCGCCAUUCAGGUGAUCGGGUUUGGAAAGGCUUACAUUUGCUCCUUUUUCUUCAUCAUGGACGUGAUUGGUACAUUGUCUCUGCUUGUGGAAUUCUCGGCUGUGAAGACACAGAUGCAAGCGAAUAACUUGACUCAGAACUCCGUGGUGAUGCGUGCUACAAGAGCUGCCAAAAUUGGUGCACGCGCAGGGCGAUUGACACGGCUGGUGAAACUGAUGAGAUUCCUCCCGUUCCUCCGGAAGCGCAAGCAAGUCGCUGAGGAGAGCACGGCCAAGGUCAUCAGCUCGAGGCUUAUCUCCAGGGUUUCCUCCGUGGUGGCAUGCCUCAUCAUUUUCUCAGUCCAGGUGCUUCCUUUACCGGGGACCCUGUCAAUGCCUGCGCAGGACUUUUCCAUUCAGAUGUGGACCGAGCACCUUAGAAGAUCGCUGGAGGAUGGGGACGAUGCUGUGGCUGUGAACGAUUUGGUGUCUGAAUUUCGAGCAUUCUACCAUGCCAAAACUUCAUACCAGCCAUACUCCUUCAUGAACGGCACCCAGGUUCUUUGGCAACGGCGUGGUCCAGCUUUGGCAGAUCGAAGCAUGAGGAUCCAAUAUGGGAAUGCCAUCGUGCAUUUCGAUUUCAGCCAUCAAGUGCACCUGGAAGCUGGCAUGAACAUGAUUGUGAUUACUUUGACAAUCUUCUUGAUGGUGACUUUCUCACUUUUGAUCUCCAGAGCCGUGUCGAAGCAUGCGCUAACACCUUUGGAAAUUCUGCUGCUGAAAGUCAGGAAGAUCGGGCGACUGAUCUGGCUGCAGGUAGAGUCGCUUCAAUCCCACUUCAGCCAUGGAAACACCAAGAGCGCAAACAAUGAAUUUGC